AUGACUAGUGAACAAGUGAAAUUUUGUUUAAGAUGUUGUGGUCCGCCGUGUUUGUUUAGUGGAAGCAAAGGGCCAGUUGAUAUACAACAAGUGGAAUGUGGGGAUUUUGAUCAUUUAUACACACCUCCUGGGAGUGAUGAUGAUGAAAAUGUAGUUAAGUUUCCAACUUAUAAGAGUGGUGAGGGAAAUGGGUUUCAAUUAGGAAUGUUUACAAACAAAGAGAUAAUAAGAGAUGCUAUCAAAGAUUAUGUUGAUGAGCAUACAUGCCAUGAAAUUGCAUGUAAUAAGAAUGUUAAGACUACAUGGCUUGCCAAAAAAAUUGCAAAUGUCCUAAGGCAUAGCCCUUAUAUUAAGCCAACAGGUCUCAUGGUUGAAUCUCUUGAGAGGUGGGGAGUGAAGAUAUCACAAGAUCAAGCAUAUAGAGCAAAAAGGAAGGCUAUGGAUUUGAUUCAAAGUGCUAGUUGUGAUCAAUUUAAUUAUUUGAGGAGUUAUACAAAAGAGUCGUUAAAGUCAAAUCCUAAGAGCACUAUGUAUAUACAAUAUGCUGAGAGCAAAGGGGGAUAUGGUGGACAAUUAAUGUUUACAGUAGGCAGGGAUAAUAACAACCAAAUCUUUUCAAUUGAAUAUGUAGUGGUUGAAGUUGAGACCAAAGAUUCGUGGGAAUGGUUCUUACACGUUUUAUUGGAAGAUUUAAGUGCAUUCAAUCAAAAAGCAUAUGGAUUUAUUUCUAACCAACAUAAGGGGUUGGUUCCUGCAAUUCAAGGCAUUAGUGUCCAUGUGGAGCAGAGACUUUGUGUCAAGCAUCUAUAUGGUAAUUGGAAGAAGAAAUAUUUUGGUUUGGAGUUAAAGGAGGCGAUGUGGGUAGCAUCCAUAGUAACUACAGUACCAUUGCGGAAAAGAGUUAUGCAGAAAAUGAAAGAAUUGAAUGAAGGUGCAUGGAAGGACAUGAUGGAUACCCCUGCACAACUUUGGACCAGAUCACAUUUUAAGACAUAUACAAAGUGUGAUAUCCAAGUAAACAACAUGUGUGAGACUUUUAACAGAGCAAUAUUGGAACAUAGAGACAAGUCAAUAAUCACUUUAUUGGAGGGAAUUAAACAUUAUAUAACAAAGAGGAUCACAAAACAGAAGGAUUUGUUACAAGGGUAUGAUGGAAUUAUCAAUCCUAGAUUCCAGCUGGUCAUUGAGAAGAAUAAAAAACAUGCACAGGGGUGGACUCCAACAUGGCAUGGAAAUGAUGAUCUUCCAAUUUUUGGUGUGACUAAUGGGAUUGAGACCUACUGUGUCAAUCUUAAAAAUGAAACAUGUUCAUGUAGAAAGUGUGAUUUGUCUGGAAUACCUUGUUGUCAUGUAAUCACAUGCAUCUGGAACAUCAAAAAACAACCUGAAAAUUAUGUGGCUGAGUAUUAUAGGAAGUUAACUUUUCAAAAGAUCUACUCAAAUAUUGUAUUUCCAACAAAUGAACCACAAUUGUGGUCUAUAGUUGAUCAUGUGCCAAUUUAUCCUCUUAUUAUGAGACAAUCAAUUGGUAGUCCAAAAAAGCUGAGAAAAAAGGAAAAUGAUGAUCCAAAGAACCCUCAUGUGCUUUCAAGGAGACUUGCAACAAUUACUUGUAAGAAGUGUGGAUAA